AUGGCACUCGGGGCCGUGCGAAAUCCGCGGAGCUCUCGUCCGUCGACUGUCUGUCAGCUGCGGACUUUUCUCACGACCCUCCCCAGAUCGCCCGAUUUCCCUACUGUAGGCUUCAAGAGUGCAAACAAAAUUUCCAUGAUGUUCUUUUUCAACAAAAUAUCAUGUUUUCAAAUAUGGAUUUGAUUUAGAGCUCAUUGAAGUCUUGGAAACGUGUGAGCAACUCGGUUUAUUAUAAACACCUGAUUUUAAUUUUUAAUAGAACUUAUUCAUCAAGAUGGAACUGUAGAGUUCAUAGUCUGCUCGAAGUUCCUAGCAUGCGUUGAGAAAAAGAACGAAAAUAAUUGCAUGAGAAGUUUUUAGAAGUGCAGAUGCAAUGCAGAAUUUGAUAUAACCCAGAAAAAAGUUCUUCAUCCAGAUACUUUUAUAAAAGUUUGGUGAAAAAAAUUUUUUUUUACUCUGAAAAAAUCGACGCAAUUUUUUUUGGACCAACUAUUUACACUGUCAAUUUUUUUCAAAAUCACAAACUUGGAUUUUUUGAAAAACUAAGAAGUCCUGCUGUCAAACACGUUUUUGACGGCUAGCCGGGUUAGAACGAAAAAUUUAUUCAAAGGCAUCUAAAUUUUUUGCACUUUCUCGUUGAUCGUCUUAAAAGAAAAUGCAGCCCUGUCUUCAGCCGCCGGUAAAUGAACUAUGAGCUAGCUUGGAAACAGAAAUUAUUCGCUAAAAAUUGAAUUUUGUGUCUAUUUACUGGAGGAAAUACGCAAAACGUCUUAAAAUUCGGUUGAACUCCUAAAAAGGAAUUCAAUUUUACCAUACGGUUUGCAAUCCACUGAAAAUUGGCCAGGAUACUAUUUUUGGGAUUUUGAGCCUUCAUUUUUCCAGAACUAGGAAGCUGUGCAGGUUGAGACUUCCAGGAUCUUUUUCUGGUACUUCAAGGAGUGUUCUGGCCAAUUUUCAAGUAAUCCCCAAACGCAAAGAAAAAAGAUCUCCUUUUUGAGAAAACGGUCUGUCAGCUGCUUUCUGAGGUGGACGCCAAGUUUUGGAAAGAAGCUGCCAGCCAGAUGGCAGAGACCCACGGUCGGCUGCCUUCCCACGCGACGCGUCAUCAGCUCUCCGAUUAAUUGCGUCGUCUCCAUAUUUGGCAGUGCACUUGUUGACUGUUAACUGCAGCCCGGGCCUCUCUCCUUAUUACAUGGGCCGAAAUUGAAUUCCGAAGUAAUCUUCAUGGUUCUUGGGCCUAUAAAGUUGCCGGAAACAUCUCAAUGAGACUACAUACUCUCUUACCGGAAAAAUUUCAAUGAGCGAAAAAAGAUCCGAAUAACUAAGAACCGUAAUUUAUACCUUUUGAACUUCGUUAUUUUGAACCAGAGCCUUGAAAAUGUUGCUGGAAACGUCUCAAUAAGGUUAUUCCAGGAAAACGUUCAGAAGAGGUCAGAAUAUCGGAGAGCCGUCUCUCAUAAAGGUUGAGAAACCAUGAAAGAUGAUUUUCCAAAAUUAAAUACAAACGAUGAAGCUAAGAAAGAUGAUCUCAACUCUAGCAAAAAACCAAAAAUUAUUAAAAAUUAUGAAAAAAAAAGUUCAAGUUCCUUCAAAAAAAACAUCAAGCUGGAAAAGUGUUAUAACGAAAACAUUUUCGACAAUUCCGAAGGUCCAAAAAAUUAUUGGUGGCUCCUCUUUAAAAAUUUAAUUUUGAAACCUCCGAUCAAGUCCGAAAAUUUGAUUCAUCGCUCACCAAAAAGCAAGGAGGUCCUCGAAAAGCUCAUUUAAUUGAAACUCUCGAAACUGAAGCAAUUGACCGAAGCGAUCCGUCACUACCGUCCUAUUGAGUCAUAUUCGAUGAGGGGAAAUCUCUUGUUUUGAUUGUAAUUGGCUCUUCGGAGGCAUCUAUCAUCGGACAAAGGAGAUCAUACAGGACAUUUCUGGUUGUUGCCUUUGUGUCCGCGCCGACAACGCAUCCAUCAGCCGUCGAAAACAUUUUUCGGGAAGGAAACCGCGGAAUGUCACGCGAUGCUCGUUUCGGCUCUAAACGGCCGUCUCCGCCGCGAGUCGUUCCCAGUCGGUCCGCCACGCAACACGCCGUCACAGCUGUUAUCGUCAGAACCGCCUAAUUGCGUGGAUACCGUUUCGAGCUCCCUUUUUAUGGGGACGGCGACAAAAGGCUUGAUUGAGUGA